UGCAGUCCUUGCGACACGAUCUCAAGCUUCCUGUGUUACUGGUUUGACGACAAGGGUUAAUCGCGCGCGAGUUAUACAAAUAUAUCGAGUGACGGUGAAAGAUACACCAGCAAGUAUUGCGCAGUCAUUUUCUUACUCAUUAUCCUUCGCGGCCGAGGAGAAAUCGAGCGUGCGCAAUCGCGCGCCGAAUCGAAUUGAAUCGGAGUAUAUCAAAGUGAUCAAAGUGAGACAGAAGUUUCCUGUUAUUCUUCGUAAUUUUGCAUGCACCGUGACGUAUUUGAGAGACAUUUGUCAAACUUUUCGCGUAUGGGACAAAGAAGGAAACGUGGAAAUCAGUUGACCAAGGACGCAUUCAGGUUUGUUCGCAUGAAAUCGCGGUAACAUUGUAUCACGUAAUAUCGCGCUAUCUCGCGGGAUAAUGGAUCAGUCGCGUGGCGAGGGGUGAUGGACAAUAGAUGGACGCUACGUGUCGCUGUUCAACCGACGGCUCGCGAGAAUAGUAUGUGGUAUACGCGUGUGUCAAUCGCGCGAGAUCGAUUGUUCGAACUUUUCAACAAGUUGUAACGCACCGACUAAAUUAAUUCUCUCUUUGACGUUUACUCGGUCGAAUUGUGCUACUUAUGUGUGCGUAUAUGCUUGAAAGGAUCGCGAUGAAAACGUAUUUUAUUGAAACGUUUCGCGGACGCGAAGUUUAACGCGAACGAUGCUGCCAUUUCGGGCUCUAGUGAAUUUUUGCUAGUGACAAAAAAAAAAAGAAGUUCAUAAAUUAUCCAGUUAAUUGGAUGGUGAUCAACAGAUCGAUUUUGGAGGAGCGUUGUUUGAGUUGACAGCCUUUGAAAACAAGUUGAAAACUUUGGAAACUACUGGAAAUUGUGUAACGUGGUUGGACGUGAUUGUUGAUGCCUCGACUGUUCUAACAUUCCCAGAGAAACGAUCGACUUUGCAAAGGAACAGGUGACGGUGGCGGGAACGAGCAACGUGGGACCGCACGGAAGAGGAGGUGGGAAGGGGGAUUGCGUGUGUCCCUUCGCAGCAGGGUUGUCGAGGAGGCGGGACAGAGGGUGGCGGGAAUCGGCGGGCAGGAAGAGUCGCAGGAAGUGGCUUGGAGAGAGGGUGGCGCGAGAAGGGAGGAGGUUUGGAGGAAGGAGGAGAACACAACGCAGGCUGUGUGUGUUUGUGUUGAAGGAGAAAACGGGAAGAACGUCGUUGAAAAGAAGAGAAACGGGGGAGAAAGUGUGCGGGGGAAAGAGGAAUAGAGAGGGGUAGGGACGUGUGUCGUUGACGUGAUUACGAGUGACGUGACGUGACGUGACGUGACGUCGAGGCGUCGAGAUGCUCCUGGAUGAGAUGGCCGCCUCCGUUCACACGCUGCUGUCACUGCUUCUCGUCCUCGGUGGUUGUACGCUGUGCAACGGCAGGAUCACGAAUCAGGAGAUAGUGACAAUGACAGAUGCGGAGGCAGUGGCAGGUGGAAUUGCUCAGUUACCAUGCGACGUGGAACCUCCAGUCCCCGGGGACAAGCUGCAUCUAGUUAUUUGGUACAAGGAGGAAGCAGACGCACCGAUAUACAGUUUCGAUACGAGGGGUCGAAACAACCUGGAACAAGGGAAACACUGGCAGGAUAACAGCCUCGAAAAACGUGCCUUCUUCAGAUAUUCAGAACACCCCGCGAAACUCAUUCUCGAGAAAGUCGGUGAGAGCGAUGCUGCCGUUUACAGAUGCAGGGUCGAUUUCAAGCAAUCCCCCACCAGGAACAGCAAAGUGAAUCUCACGAUUAUCAUACCGCCGGAACAGCUUAGCAUAUUGAACGAAGAUGGAACGUCUCAUAUUCCCUAUUACAUCCUGGGCCCAUACACCGAGGGUGCAUCUCUGAAUAUUACCUGCGACGCUACUGGUGGUCGACCUCAGCCAAGAGUGACGUGGUGGCAAGAGAACGCUCUCCUCGACGACACUUACGAAACUAUUGAAACGAAGAAGGUGCGAAAUGUGCUGCGAUUGGAAAAGUUGGGUCGCGAGCAUCUGAACACGGUUUUAACUUGUCAAGCUUCGAAUAACAACAUGGUCGCUCCGAUAUCCAGUUCUGUUACCCUCGAUAUGAAUCUGAAACCAUUGUGGGUCCGUAUGCAAGAGAAGAACCGUCCACUUAGCGCUGGCACCAUAUACGAGAUCAUUUGUGAAGUGGUUGGGGCCAGGCCGACGCCGAAAAUCACGUGGUCCAAGGGUAGCAUAAUGCUGAGGAACGCCAGACAAACGAUAAGCCCCGACAACAACGUCACCACCAGCGUCCUCACGUUCGUGCCGAGUAUAGAGGAUGCGGGCAAGUUCCUCUCCUGCCACGGGAGCGUGCAGAAUAUCCCAGAUUCCGAGAUGAAGGACGAGUGGAAGCUCNACAUAUACAACGAGCCGGUGGUUACCCUCGAGCUCGGCAGCAAUUUGAACUUGAGCGCAAUCCGCGAGGGUAUCGACGUUUACUUCGAGUGCAAUAUCAAGUCGAAUCCGUGGGUGUACAAGGUCUCCUGGCGGCACAACCGUAAUCCGUUGUAUCAUAAUCAAGCGACUGGAACCAUAAUCAGUAAUCAAAGCCUGGUACUGCAGAGCGUGACUCGCAGUAGAGCUGGGAUCUACACGUGUAUUGGCAGCAAUCAGGAAGGCGAUGGAGAGAGCAAUCCACUGAAUCUGGACAUCAAAUUCGCCCCUGUUUGUCAUCACGGUCAGGUGAAGGUAUUCGGUGUGGCGCGACAGGAAACCGCGAGGAUACCGUGCGAGCUCGAGGCAAAUCCACCGGAAGUAACGUUUAUGUGGAAGUUCAAUAACACAAUGGAGACGAUCGACAUACCUCAAGCACAAGUCAUCAGCGAGCGAACACGUUCCACGGCCUCUUACACACCAAUGACCGAGUUAGACUAUGGUACUCUGCUUUGUUGGGGUACAAAUGAGCAGGGAACGCAACUUGAACCUUGUGUCUAUCACAUUGUCCCAGCUGGUCACCCGGACACACCGCGCAAUUGCUCUCUUUUGAACCAGACAAUAGACUCGCUGUACGUGGAGUGCAUCGAGGGGUUCGACGGUGGUCUGCCGCAGAAGUUCACGAUACAGGUGGACCGUGAGUCGGGAACAAGCAGCACAUCCUCGAAACCGAGCACCACGGUUUAUAAUCAAACGAGCAAAGUGCCAUCGUUCUCGGUCGGAAAUCUCGAGCCGGGGACCACCUACGACGUCCACAUAUACGCGAGCAACAGCAAAGGUCGAAGCGAGAGCGUCCAUUUCCGUGCAACCACCCUGAAUCUGCCCGAAAGGCGAACAGGUGAGAAGCUGGCGCAACCCCCUCCCCCGGAGAAUUGUACGAUCAGGGAAGAGAGUCGGACAACGGUGAGGGUGAGCUGCGCCGAGAGCGAGUUCAUCGACCCUCGGACUGCCACCUAUGUCCUCCAGGUCUUCGACGCGGACACCAGGCGUCUUUUGGCCUCCGCGACUAGCAUGACGCCUAGCAUGCUCGAGAUCACCGAUCUGCCCGCGGAGAGGAGUUACUCGGGCCUGGUUCUCUCGCUGAGGAUCAUGACGGAGCACACGAUGAGCGACGCAACGGUUCUUCACAGCCCGCACUAUGUUCAGGAGGGUAAGAUAAAGGAGCAUCAAGCAUACCCAGCUCUCACGCCAAAGAUACUGUCGCUGUCCGGACCACUGUUUGGCAUGGUAGUCGGAUCGACGGCAGGUGUUCUACUAGUGGGCUUCGUGAUAACCCUGGCGGUGAAAUUACGGCUUCGAGCAAGGUCUCAGGAGGACAAGGACUCUCACGACGACGGUGGCAUGGCAAACCUGGCCGCGUCCGGUACCGGCAGCUCCUCUCCACGUGAUAAAUCGUCGACCCUGCCUCUCAAUUCCGACAGCAUUGAGAGUUUCGAGAAGGAUCCAGAUAUAAUUCCUCACGCUAACGAAAAUUCUUACUCUGAAUUGUGCAAGAGUACUUCACCACGUUAUGUAUUACAUCAGCCACGAUCGGAUGCAAGUACUUUUACCAAUACAAGCAACGGAUCAGAGUUAACGUACGCCGAGUUGUCGCUUCGGGGUAACCGACGAAUACCUCCUAAUUGUUAUCAGCCAGUACAGGUAUCCAAUAUUCAACGACCUCAACUGCUGCCCAUGUCGACUCUGACGCGUAGGCAACCUAUCCAGGAACCGACGAUUUACGCGCAAGUCGCCAGUCAUUCUAAGCCGAUUUAUGUGCCGCCUCCACAUCCAUACAUGAGUCGUAACAAUGACGAGACCACAGCAGAAACUCCAUUAAUCGGACAUGACAAUAAGAUUACUACCAUCAGCCAAUCUGGUAGCUCAAUAUGGCGUACCGAUACGCCACCAGUUUCAAAUGCACCAACGACAUGAUUCUAAAACUUUCGAUUAUAUUCGAAGCAACGUUCUACUCUUAAUAAACGUUUUUCCACGCACCGUUAAUUACAAAAAAAAAGUUAAAUUCAUUUAAUAGAACAAGAAAAAAAACGAAAAAGAAAAGACUACCGCACGAUGUUCCUCGUAGAUCAUUUACGCGGAACGACGCGACGUGUAUGAUAUGUUAUCGUUAAACUUUCUCGUACAUAUGUUACAGAAGGUUCUCAAUAAAUAAUGAAGAAUGAAAGUAAUAUAAAAACACACGCACACACACACCCACCCACACAAAUGUUUGCGCGAAGUAUAAUACGAAUAUAUUAUAUAUGCUUUCCGAAUGAUUUGUGAUAGAGUUAUUAUUGAAAUGCGGGAAUGAUUGUCUCGAAUCGCGAUGUCUCGAACUUCUUGUCGAGAUAUCGAGAAUUACGAUAUCUCGAAUAGAAACGAAUUUUCUGUUUCGCGGAUAAAACAACCGAUGGCGCAGUAAUCGACAGUAAUGGUUCUAAUAAUUGAAAAGUAUUAAUUUCGUUGAUCCUUCUCAACCGUCCGUAAAAGAAGGGAAAGAAAACAAAAUGAAAAAAAAAACAAUUGAAAGAAGAAAUUGCAAAAUUUUCUAAUUGCAUAAUUCAUCAAUUCGAAUUGUAACAAUACAAAAAUGUGUUCUCAUUGUACACUUCGACUUAAUUGAUAAGUGGAACACAUUUAUAAUACCACGAAGUACAAUCAAGACGGCGAAUCCCUAAUUGUUUUUUCGUUCAGUAUUACGUCUACAAAGUAUAAUUUGUAGAAAUGCGUUAGAAUUAAUGAGAUGAUAUUUAUGUAUACAUAUAUUGAGCCUGCGUCGAAAGUUAAAACGUCUCGAGGUGUUUUUCCGCAGCUUAAUUAUUUAUUGUUAAACAUAAAUGACGCGAAAAAUUUCGUGUACAGAUUUAGAUAAAUGCGGUGUUAUUAUAACGAUGUUAUCUAAUCAUGAAUAGAAUUUAAAGAGA